AUGACGCAGUCGCGCUGCAGCGUGUGCAGGAACCAUAGCAUGACACGGAUGCAGCUUAUGCGCUUUGUUGGGGAAGCCGAUCCAUCGGCACCGGCUCCUCGAAGUCGCACGGUGCCACCAAGCGGAUCGUUUUCGGACAGAUCUCACGUCAAGACAGCGUCCAAACGUCGACGCAGUCUUGGCAACAUUCUUUCGCCCUCCCUGUUCCCACGGACGCCCGAAGAGGAGCUGGAUCCGCUCCUCACGGAAGAGUAUGCCGAUCCGGACCACAUGGAAGCUUUCCGAACAGCGCUAGCCACGGAUCUCGGACAGCAGGAGUACCAACCUACUUCGUCCUCCCACAUCACAGGCUCGUCCUCUUGGAGCGUGUUCGGGUACGGUAAUGCGGCCAAGUCUCCUACAGAGAUUGGCCAGUCGGCUGCCGCUGCUGCCCCAGCAGCUGCCGUUUCAGAGCCAAAGUCACCAGCCAUGACCGCUCCAUCCGGUACUCGUGCCUCCAAUCCUCGCAAAGUAGGCAGGAUUGCCGCCGCCUCUGAUUUUGCGCCCAUCAAUGAAAAGGUCUCGCGCAAGAGCAGGAAGGGCCGCGCUGUGGACUCGGGCACCAGAGAAGGCUUCGUCUUUCACACGCUGCGGUGGCCACUUCUCGUCGGCGUCUUCGUCAUCAUCAGCCUCGAAUUCCUGCUGUACGUUCUCGUGCGUCAGCUUGUGAAUGUCAUCGAAUAUUCGGUAGCAUGGCGAGGCAAGAAGGGCCAAUUGCGCAAACGCAUGCGCUCAGCUUCCAACUACACGGAAUGGAAGGAAGCUGCGCUCGAGCAGGACGACUUUCUCGGCUACGAAAAAUGGAAGACCGAAGACGGUAGUGGAUUUUACGAUUGGAUCCUGGUCAAGAAGGUCAAGACCUCGCUCAAGAACUUCCGUGAGAAGGACGAUGCUGAAAAUCUGCUCGGCGUUCUCGACCUUUGUUUGCGAAACAACUUUGCUGGUACGGAAAACUUUCGUCUCUACUCCGAGACCUACUUCGGCACAAAGUACUUGGUGGAGAGCUACUUGGCAGAGAUCGAGACAGCGCUAGCAUACAUCGAGAACACGGACAAGGUGCCGUUGGAGACCAAGCGCAGCUUCUACCGCACCGUCAGCAAAAACCUCGGUCGUAGCGCACUCUGCCUCUCGGGCGGCGCCAGCUUUGGCUAUUACCACAUUGGUGUCGUACGAGCUCUGCUCGAUGCCAAUCUGCUUCCAAAGGUGGUGACCGGAACCUCUGCUGGUGGUCUCAUCGCUGCACUGACUUGCACGAGGACCGACCAAGAGCUGCGGGAAAUGCUCGUCCCUGCGUUAGCGGACCGCAUCACAGCGUGCGAGGAGCCCAUCUCGGUUUGGGCCCGACGAGCGUGGACUACGGGAGCGCGAUUCGACACGGUUAAGUGGGCCGAAAAGGCGAGCUUCUUCACCAUGGGAAGCAUGACCUUCAAAGAGGCGUAUGAGCGCACAGGCAAGGUGCUCUGCAUCUCGGUCAUCCCGGCCGACCGUCACUCGCCUGUGAAACUGCUCAACUACGUCACUGCACCCGACUGCGUCAUCUGGAGCAGUCUGCUGGCAUCGGCCGCUGUUCCGGGUAUCCUCAACCCUGUGUGUCUGAUGCAGAAGCGAAGAGGUAGCGACGAGAUCGUACCUUGGAACUGGGGCCAUCGCUUCAAGGAUGGAUCUCUUCGCGUCGACAUCCCGCUGCAAGACUUGCAUGCUUUUUUCAACGUCAACUACCCGAUCGUCAGUCAGGUCAACCCUCACGUCCACCUCUUCCAUUUCGGCUCGAAAGGCUCUCCCGGUCGACCGACAGCGCACCGUAAGGGCAAAGGCUGGCGCGGCGGAUUCAUCCUCUCCGCGUCCGAGCGUAUCCUCAAGCUCAACCUUUCGAUGAACUUCAAGAUCCUGCGCGACCUCGAUCUGCUUCCGGCUAUUCUAGGUCAGGAUUGGUCGAGUGUGUUCUUGCAGAGGUUUGGUGGUGCCGUCACCAUCCUGCCAAAGACAAGAGCCUGGGACUGGGUGCGCAUCCUGUCUGACCCAGAUCGAAAGGAGUUGUCACGAAUGAUGAGCGUGGGUAAGAGUGUGACCUUCCCCAAGCUGCACAUGAUCGAAAACAGAGUUCGGCUUGAGAGGGCGAUCGAGCAAGGAAGAAAGGCUUGCCGAAAAGCUUCACGAGCCAGCAACGGCAAAGUCGAGCGGUCUCCGGUCAGCAACAAUGUCCAGCCUUUGGCCGCGAUCGAUGGGGCAUCUAGGACGAGCGGCGAGAGCGUUUCGCGACCGCAAGCUGGUCCGAGGAGUGCAACGUCGUUGCCGAGCGAUACGGACAACGACGAUUUCUUCAUGAGCAAGGAGGUGCUGGGAUUAACAAAGGUCGCUGGAUCGGCGCGGAGGGAUGGGCUUGUCAGUUCGGCCAUUGGUACGCCGGACAGUGUUGGUCAUAUUCACGAAGACGGUGGAGCGAAAGCAAAGGGUGGUUCGGCUUCUCGACCCAAGCCGUACCCGACGUAUUCGCGAUACUUGAUCGACUCGCACAACGCCGAGUCUCGUGCCGAGGGAGAUCAGCCACAGGAGGAAGAACCCGAUCGUGCGGUUCGCGAAUGGCUCGAUCGAUCGCAGGAACAGGAUCGAGGCUCGGCGAACGAGGCAGAGGCAGCGGUGGACGAAGAUCAAGUGCGCGGUUCGAGUCAGAUCCCUUUCUUCUCUGCAGCGGUGCAGUCCGAGGGUGUUCGCAGGAAUGGGAACGGAAAUGGAAACGGACCCGAGAAGCGGUCGCACAGACCAAGCUUUGGUUCGUCUCCGAUCCACCAGAGGUUGAGGACUUGGCACGGAAAGAGCAAACACAGCUGGGACGAUCGAAGUCAGGAUUUCGGGGAUCUGGAUGAAGAGACGGCGCUGGAUGAGGAUGAUAGGGGGAUAUAUGAGAGCAGCAGCGCUGACGAGUCGGAUGCUUGA